CAUACAUGCUUCAGGUGUACAAAGAGAAGGAGGAAGCAGUGAGACGCACCAAGCAGGUGGCCUUCAGUUUGCCGGCUUUGAUGAGGAAUUGUGAUCAAGGCGUUCCCAUCGUCAACAUCCGGUGUGCUGACGACGGCGCGGCGGUGACAGUGAGAGAAGACGGGUUUAUUUGUCUCUGGAAUCCUGAACUUAAACCGCAGAAGACCAAAUACAUGUUUGGCGAGGGACCGGCUAACAGGAAGGCAAAGUGGGUCAGUGAUUUUGCUCUGAUGCCAGAACACAACAAGCUAAUAAUGGGAACGGGCGACAGAGAGGUUCAGAUGUAUGAUCUCUUCACUCUGGAACCAUACUGUCAGAUCAGCUGCCUGAGCACCAUCCCUUUGACUCUGGACUACAGCUGCACUGGCUCUGAUGAAUGUUGUCUUCUGUAUGGAGACACUGAGGGCUGUGUGACCAUCCUUUUAAUCUCCUCUGUUGACGACACCCUCAGAAAAUGGAGCAAAUUGCCGAUGAUUGAGAACAUACCCAACAUUUCCAUUGAACACGCAGUGCUGGCUCAACAUGUGACUUUUGUCAGGUGGAAGGUUCAUCAUGACUGGGUGACACAGGCAAAAUAUUUCCACAGUUUUCGAGCUGUUGUGUCGUCAUCAAAUGAAGAAACUUCUUCUCUUGUUGUUGGCUGCGUGCUGCCUUUUACAGAUUCUGCUCAGCAGCUGAAGGAGAUCACAGAGGUCGGCUUUGAGGGUAAAACUAGGAAGGUCCAACUGAGCUGGACUCCACAGGUUCGGGUGUCUCGUGAUCAGACCGUCUUCUCCGUCCACAAAGGUGUGAAGACCUUUGACCUUUGUCAGAAGCACAGCCUGCUCGUGACUGGGGGCAUGGACAGACUCGUACGCAUGUGGAGCCCAUAUUUUUCAGGGAAGCCAAAGUGUGUUCUGAAAGGCCAUUCUGCUCCCAUCUUCCGCCUCUACAUUUUAUCAGAAGACUGUCAGAUCUUUUCUGUUUCUGUUGACGGCACUGCGAAGAUUUGGCACAUCGAGGACCAGUGUUGUCUCUUCACAGCAGAACCCAAAGCCAGCGGGAUUCAUGAAGCUGUUUCUGCAGCCUCGUAUUCCCCCGCUUUCAAACACCUAUAUAUUGCAGCAGACUGUAUGGCUCUGCUCAUCCUCAAGUCCAGACCGCAGUUUCACAGUCGCAUGCAUGUGUCUCAUCAACACCCUGUGGUGUGCUGUGGCUGCUCUGAGGAGCUGCGCCAAGUUGUGAGCUGCAGUCAGGGUUCUGUGGCGAAAGUUUGGGAUUUGGACACCGGACGUCAGAUGUUUGAGUUUGGUUGCACAGAUGAUCUGAACUCUAUCACAUGCAUGACCUUUGACUCCACAGGGAGGAGGCUCAUCACAGGUGGGAGAGAUGGAUGCUUGAAAAUAUGGAACUUUAACAACGGCCAAUGCUUGAAAACAUUAAAAAAGGAAGAUAAAGGCCAGGAGCUGUGGGACUGCACCUUUCUGGAAGUUCAGACUAAUUUUUAUGUGAUUGCUGUCGGGAGAGACCGGAAGAUUCAUAUUUACUCAGACAUUCCCCAGGAGUCUCAUCACACCCAGCGGUCACUGCCCUCAUGGAAAUAUGAUCUGAUGAACGGUCAUGAAGAGGACAUUCUCUGCGUGGAAACGUGUCCCCCAUCUCUCCUCGCAACCAGCAGCUACGACGGAGAGAUUAUUGUGUGGAACGUUGUUUCUGGUUGCGAACAGUGUCGCUGUGCUGGUCCUCUUGAAGCUGAAGAGCAGAAAACAGGACUGAAUACAAGUGUUCCAAGCAUAAUUUUCCUGAAAAACCUCAAACUUCAGGAGCAUUCUUUAACUACAGCUCUCCUGUCAUCUGGGGUCAAAGGAAGAGUAAACCUCUGGAACGUUCUGGCAGGAGGAAAACUCAUGAGCAGCUUCGAAGUGUCUAAAUUCCAACAAAAGAUAACCAGACUAGCUCAAACCAGAGAGAGCACGCUGCUGUACGCCGCUGACCAGGUUGGUUACAUCUAUAUUUACAACAUGGAGAAGUUUGACCCCAGCCAAAGAUCACCCAGAGCCGAACACUUCUGGCGAGCUCACACCAACACAAUUACCAGCCUGCAGAUUGUUGACAGUGAUCAAGUGGUGCUGAGUUCAUCCGCAGACCACACUGUGCGCCUUUGGAGUGCACAAGGACAAUACAUUGGGACAUUUGGGCAGCCUGAGAUGUGGAGUGUCCACAACCCCUCGUCCUGGAUCCACCCCGGCGUCCCCUAUGCGGUUUUGAUUGAUCCACUAAGUAUGCCAGAUCACGAGUUUCUGAAUAGAAAAUUACAUCUUUCAGAAGCCAUCAAACCUGACAGGACUGGAGCAGACGGAGGGGAACUAAAGGUGAGCUGAACCAUCUCCUGUCUCGACUUUCUGUUAAACUGAACCAAAGUUUCUUUGAAUUUCUCCAGUGACACUAAAAAAAGAUUUACUGACUCAUUUUACUCUCAGGAGUAUCCGUCUGGGUAGAUUAUGACUGUUUCUACUGCACAGACUGCUGCACAUAUGUACCAUCAGACUAAUAACAGUUUAAAAAGUGGACAGAUUGAUAUUUAGUGACUGUGGACCCUCUUGCGUUCCAGACGCCGUCUGGCAUUCAAACUGAGUUUGAAGCACCGCACCCUGAAAGGCUUUGAUGCUCUGCAGCGACUAGACCCCAGCGAAUCGCUUAAACUCUGGUAUCGAUCCGUUUGAAAAGCUGCGUCAGCCAGAAUCAACAGAAUAAGAUGAAACUGCAUUGAUCAAAUCUAAGAAACUGGGUCAUUGCAUCAUUGUUGCAGAACAAAAAGGAGACAGAAACUGAAUAGAAUGUAAGAAGUCUUAUAAUUAUGCCACACGCUGUCAACUGGAGGGCUGAGACACUCCGAUUGUGAGAAGCCUGACAUCUAAACUGCCAGACUCGGUUUAUUCUGGACACAAUUGGACUGAGGUAACUUCGUCCACCAGAGAUGCCUUCCUUUUUUGACACACACACAUCCAGUUAAGUGACAAUUUGACAUGUUAUUGUGACAUUUUAUAUAAAUUGGAAACUUUUUUCCUAUUGUUAGGAUGAAUGGGGUUUGUGUUAAAAAAAAAGCCUCCAUGUUGUUCACGCCUGGUUGCGUCACCAUGAAGAAACUUCCUUUCAUGUGCUGACCCUCACUGCACUUUUUUCUUUUAAAGGUAUUUCUUCAAAUAUGUUACUCCUCUGCUAUCUGGGAUGUUUGUGUUAUUUUAUUUAUUUUAAGAAAACUGUACUUCCUUUCUUUCUUGUUCCACACAUAAAUCAAUAAUCACUACUUCAACCCUUCUAUCUAAAAUGGACAGUAAAUGAUCUCAGAUAUGGCCAGACCGUGGACAGAAUUGAGGAUGAUUUUUUUUACUUGGUGGUGUGAGUGUGAUGGUCUGGGAGUGCUUUGCUAUGACUUUCUGAAGUGAAUGAAACUCCAAAUUCGUCCUUCUACUUG